AUGGCCAACCCCAAGUGUCUCUCAUUCGAUGAUCUCCAGUUAUUGAGGUCCCCUGAGCCUUAUGAGGGUUCAAAAAGGUUGAUGGACUUGUUGCAUUGUGGAACAUACAAAGACCUUUUGAGGGAGUUUGAUAUAGGAUCCUAUGUUGUCCACCCUGGAAUUUUCACGAGUUUUUCAUUCUUUGAGUUUUUGAAUAUCUUCACAUACUACGGAAUGAUGCUUCUUUUUUACAUUGCACGCUUGAUGGGUUCGGAGAUUCACAACAUUUCAGGCUAUACGGCUGCAAAUGCCCCAGUCACUGCAGCUUUGAAAGGUGGUGAUCAGUCCGUUAAGUGGGUUUCAGCUUGUAAUCGUUGGGGACGCGAAUUCACAACCAGUGCAGAGAUAGAGAGCACGGGUGCUGAGGAUGUGGCCGCUUACAUAAGUGAUUUGGUGAUAGAAUGGGAUGAAAAGCUCAAACAUCAAAUUACUGCAACAAGGAAACCAUGA